ACAAAACAAAACAUGGGAAAUACAACCACCAAAUUCCGCAAAGCACUCAUCAAUGGCGAUGAAAACCUGGCCUGCCAAAUAUAUGAAAACAACCCUCAGUUGAAAGAAUCCCUUGAUCCAAACACAUCUUAUGGGGAGCCCUACCAACACAAUACUCCGUUACAUUAUGCUGCUAGACAUGGAAUGAAUAGAAUAUUAGGGACUUUUCUAUUUGGUAGAGAUGGAAAUCCAAAUAAACGGAAUAUGCACAAUGAAACAUCUAUGCAUUUGUUGUGUAUGGGACCUCAAAUUAUGAUAUCUGAAGGAGCCCUUCAUCCUCGCUUAGCCCGUCCUGCAGAAGAUGAUUUCAGACGAGCGGACUGUCUACAGAUGAUCUUAAGAUGGAAAGGAGCAAAGCUUGACCAAGGCGAAUAUGAAAGAGCAGCUAUUGACGCUGUAGAUAACAAAAAAAACACACCCCUGCACUAUGCUGCUGCUUCAGGGAUGAAAACCUGUGUCGAGCUUCUAGUAAAACAUGGAGGAGACCUGUUUGCUGAAAAUGAAAAUAAAGAUACUCCUUGUGACUGUGCUGAAAAGCAACACCAUAAAGACCUGGCUCUCAAUCUGGAAUCUCAGAUGGUAUUCUCACGGGAUCCAGAAGCUGAGGAAAUAGAAGCUGAAUAUGCUGCAUUAGACAAACGAGAGCCAUAUGAAGGAUUAAGACCUCAGGACCUUCGUCGAUUGAAAGAUAUGCUUAUCGUGGAAACUGCAGACAUGCUUCAGGCUCCACUAUUUACUGCUGAAGCUUUACUUCGUGCUCAUGAUUGGGACAGGGAGAAAUUACUUGAAGCUUGGAUGUCCAACCCAGAGAACUGCUGCCAACGAUCAGGUGUUCAAAUGCCGACUCCACCGCCAAGUGGGUAUAAUGCCUGGGACACACUACCUUCUCCAAGAACUCCAAGGACUACACGCUCUUCUGUCACCUCUCCAGAUGAAAUCAGCUUAUCUCCUGGGGAUUUGGACACAAGUUUGUGUGACAUUUGUAUGUGCAGUAUUUCUAUAUUUGAAGACCCUGUGGAUAUGCCCUGUGGACAUGAUUUUUGUAGAGGAUGUUGGGAAUCGUUUUUGAAUUUGAAAAUUCAAGAGGGUGAAGCUCACAACAUUUUCUGCCCUGCAUAUGAUUGCUUCCAACUUGUGCCUGUGGAUAUAAUAGAAAGUGUAGUUUCUAAAGAGAUGGAUAAACGAUACUUACAGUUUGAUAUUAAGGCCUUUGUUGAAAAUAAUCCUGCCAUUAAAUGGUGUCCUACUCCCGCCUGUGAAAGAGCAGUGCGCCUUACAAAACAAGGGUCCAAUACAUCUGGAUCUGAUACGCUCAGCUUUCCACUGCUGAGAGCACCUGCUGUGGACUGUGGGAAAGGACAUCUCUUCUGCUGGGAGUGCCUUGGUGAGGCACAUGAGCCUUGUGACUGCCAAACAUGGAAAAACUGGCUACAAAAAAUAACUGAAAUGAAACCAGAAGAACUUGUGGGAGUUAGUGAAGCUUAUGAGGAUGCUGCCAAUUGUCUCUGGUUGUUAACUAACUCCAAGCCUUGUGCUAACUGUAAGUCUCCAAUACAGAAGAAUGAAGGCUGCAAUCACAUGCAGUGUGCUAAGUGCAAGUAUGACUUUUGCUGGAUUUGCCUAGAAGAAUGGAAAAAACACAGCUCCUCCACCGGAGGUUAUUACAGGUGUACUCGAUAUGAAGUGAUUCAGCAUGUGGAGGAGCAAUCUAAGGAAAUGACUGUAGAGGCUGAGAAAAAACAUAAACGAUUUCAGGAACUUGACAGAUUUAUGCACUACUAUACAAGAUUUAAAAACCAUGAGCACAGCUAUCAGUUAGAACAACGCCUUCUUAAAACGGCCAAAGAAAAGAUGGAGCAGUUGAGUAGAGCUCUCAAAGAAACUGAAGGAGGCUGUCCAGAUACCACUUUCAUUGAAGAUGCAGUUCACGUGCUAUUAAAAACUCGACGCAUUCUCAAGUGUUCUUAUCCGUAUGGAUUUUUCUUAGAACCUAAAAGCACAAAGAAAGAAAUAUUUGAACUCAUGCAAACAGACCUAGAAAUGGUCACUGAAGACCUUGCUCAAAAAGUCAAUAGGCCUUACCUUCGCACACCUCGCCACAAGAUCAUCAAGGCAGCUUGCCUUGUGCAGCAGAAGAGGCAAGAGUUCCUGGCAUCCGUGGCUCGGGGAGUUGCCCCUGCAGAUUCACCAGAAGCUCCAAGGCGCAGCUUUGCUGGUGGAACAUGGGAUUGGGAAUAUUUAGGAUUUGCAUCACCCGAGGAAUAUGCUGAAUUUCAGUACCGGAGGAGGCACAGGCAGCAGCGCCGCCGUGGAGAUGUGCACAGUCUGCUCAGCAGUCCGCCCGAUGCCGAGGAACCAAGCGAGAGCACUCUAGAUACCCCAGAGGGUGGCAGUGGCCGCAGGCCCAGCGCCUCCGUGGUAAGUUCUGCGUCCAUGAGCAUGCUGCGUGACUACGCCCCUGCCAGUCGCUCGGAAAACCAGGACUCUCUCCAGGCUCUGAGUUCCUUGGAUGAAGAUGAUCCCAAUAUACUUCUCGCAAUACAAUUAUCGCUGCAAGAGUCUGGGCUGGCCAUUGAUGAAGAAACUAGAGACUUCCUCAAUAAUGAAGCAUCCUUAGGAGCGAUAGGCACUUCUUUACCAUCCAGGUUGGACUCAGUCCCUAGGAAUACAGAUAGUCCUCGGACUGCAUUGAGCAGCUCUGAGCUGUUGGAACUUGGUGACAGCCUCAUGAGAUUAGGAGCAGAAAGUGACCCGUUUUCAACUGACACCCUUAGUUCACACCCUCUCAGUGAGGCAAGAAGUGAAUUCUUUCCCUCAUCCAGUGACCCUGACUCGACUGGCCAGGACCCCAACAUCAAUGACAAUCUUCUUGGCAAUAUCAUGGCUUGGUUUCACGACAUGAACCCUCAGAGUAUUGCGCUGAUUCCUCCGGCGACGAUGGAAACCAGUGCCAGUUCCCAGCAUCCCUGUGUCAAGGAGGCAUCAGAAGGCGUGACACCACCCCAGGAAGACUCAGUGUUGGAAGAUGCUGUUGUAAGUGAAGGUAGAGGAACCCAGAUAGAACAAGAAAAUCUUUUAGAGGAAAAUAUUCUGGCUGGAGAAGCCGCAACUCAAGCUGGCAACAGUGGUAACGAGAUAGCCAACAAGGGGGAUGGUUCAGAUGUUUCCAGUCAAACACCUCAAACAUCAAGUGACUGGCUUGAACAAGUACAUUUAGUGUGA